UUAUUUUUACUGCAAAUCGGUACCGAAGGAGGCGGUGCUGUACAAACUAUAAAACCCUUACAGACGCUGGUAUCUCGACAUUUGAAACCCUAAAUAUUCAUCGAUAGGCAGCUCGCUGAAAGUUUCAGUUGAAGCUCAUACAAGAUACAUUUUCUUGUUGAGCCAGUUUUCAUCAGCUGCUUCUCUUAUGGCCACAAGACUUCAGUUUGAGAAUUCAUGUGAAAUUGGCGUGUUCUCAAAGCUAACAAAUGCUUACUGUUUGGUAGCAAUUGGCGGCUCGGAAAAUUUCUACAGCACAUUUGAGUCUGAACUAGCAGACGUUAUUCCUGUGGUUAAGACCUCUAUUGGUGGCACGAGAAUCAUUGGACGUCUUUGCAUUGGUAACAAAAAUGGGCUUCUUUUGCCUCAUACUACUACUGAUCAAGAGCUUCAACACUUGAGAAACAGUCUGCCCGAUGCAGUCGUGGUUCAACGCAUUGAUGAACGACUAUCUGCCCUUGGAAAUUGCAUAGCGUGCAAUGACCAUGUCGCCCUCACUCAUACCGAUCUUGAUAGGGAAACCGAGGAAAUGAUAGCCGAUGUUCUCGGUGUAGAAGUUUUCCGACAAACAAUUGCCGGUAAUAUCCUUGUGGGCAGCUAUUGUGCCUUUUCAAAUAGAGGUGGCAUGGUGCACCCACAUACUUCUAUUGAAGACUUGGAUGAGCUGUCAACCCUGCUUCAGGUUCCCUUGGUGGCGGGGACCGUUAACCGUGGUAGCGAAGUGAUUGCUGCGGGCCUAACUGUCAACGAUUGGACCGCAUUUUGUGGGUCAGAUACUACUGCAACGGAAUUGUCUGUGAUUGAGAGUGUUUUCAAGCUUAGAGAAGCUCAGCCCAGUGCUAUUGUGGAUGAGAUGAGAAAGUCGUUGAUCGAUACCUAUGUCUGAUAAGUAUUGAGUUCUAUGUUUGUUGUUGAUUAUAAGUCAACACUAACUCUGUGUUUUUUUGUUUUAACUUUUUGUUUUAUGUUUGGUUUUGCUACUGUUUUUAUGUUAGGAACUUGUUGGAAGGCUCUUUAAAAGUAUCAUUUUUGAAAUUGUUAUGUUGAAAACAUUGUUUAUAGUUAUAGAUAUGCCCUUGUUUUA